CUUUUAGCUUUUAAUAAAACAUCUUUGCUUUACAAAUAUGGCAAAACUAAGGAGUUGUUUGUAGGUAGGAACUGGAGAUGGAGGCCAACAAGAGUGAAGAUCAUCACCAGGAGGAAGAAGCUGGAGAUAGUGAUGACGUUGAGCUUCUCAAGACCAGAAUUUCUAGUCAUCCUUUGUAUGGGAGGCUCGUUCAGAAUCACCUCAACUGCUUAAAGGUUGGUGGCAUUGACAACAGUGGCACAAGCAGCAAGGGAAAUCAAAGGCAGACUGAGCUUUAUAAUAGUAGCAAUAAUAUCAAGAAGAAUCCGUGUUCAAGCAGCAUGCACCUAAACCAAUCAGACUUAGACCUAUUCAUGGAAGGAUAUUGCUGGGCAUUGGCCAAGCUAAAGGAAGCCAUGGAAGAACCUCAGCUGGAAACGAUAGCUUUCAUCAAUGGCAUGCAUUCUCAACUCAGGGACCUCACCGAAGCUAAUCCCUUCUCCCCUGAUGUCUUUCUGGAAGCUGAAACCAAUAGUUCAAAGUGA